AUGGAAGGUGCAGCAAGUCGAAUCUUCAGAGGGAAAGAAGUUCGAGCUCACAAAUACCCUUGGUUAGCAUACAUUCGAUUAUAUUCCAAAAGCAGUUAUAGACCAUUCCCUCAAUGUAGUGGUUCUUUGAUCGAUGAACGACAUGUAAUCACCGCUGCUAAUUGUCUCGUCGGUAAGAAUGGAUUAGUCUUCGAACCCUCAGCUAUUGAUGUUUUCCUUGGUAGAGUCAAGUCUGUCUCGGAGAAAACUAAAGCCACUACCGUCUCAGAGAUCUGGGUUGAUCCGGACUUCAAUCCACAAGAUCUUUCCAACGAUUUCGCAAUCUUGACUCUUUCCGAGCCCGUUAACUUCACUCAGCAAAUCGCACCGGUCUGUUUACCCAACAGCGAAAAUGAAUUGAUAAAACUCACAGUUGCAGGGUGGGGAGCCACAACUUAUUAUUCUCCCUCAAGUGACAAUCUUUUGGAAGUCGACGUUGAUUACUUGACCCCUGACCAAUGUAACGAUAUCAAGACUGAUUACAUAAUGAACCAAAAUGGUUUACCUCAAUCUAUGAAGGGCCGAAUGCGAACUCCCAAGGUUCGUGAUACUCUCAUGUGUGCCAUCAACAAGCAAACAAAGGGUGACACUUGUUCUGGUGAUUCUGGUGGACCUCUUAUGUUCAAAAAUGCUACCGGUCUCAAUUAUCUUAUGGGUGUUGUUUCUGGCUCAUGGACAGAAUGUGGUACAAGUGACGACACCGCUGGUCUUUACACUCGAGUCUUGCGCUAUCAAGAUACCAUCAAAAGUAUCGCUCCAAACGCUUGCUGGAAGGAUUAA